UUUAUUCAUUAUAUGAACGUUAUCUUUAUCAAUGAGUCGCGAUCAAAGUUCGGACUGACUCACCUUCAUCAGUGCUGGCUGAUAGCUGGGACGGGCAAACAGGAACCGUCUGCACGCUGUGAAAAGGGACUACAAGACCAUGGGGACGUUCGGAGGACACGCUCUACCAGGUUCCUUCUUCAUCAUCUUUGCGAUAUGGUACACCAUCCAGUCCUUCCGGAGAUUCUUCCAGUGUCGGGAAAAUGGCGCCAGGUUUACAUCCACCGUCACUUUCCCCUGCUCCUGCCUCUGCGGCAGAUUCAAGAACUGGCCAGUUGAAGCCAUGAUCAAACUAUUCUUCAUCACAGUCGGAUUUACCCUUGAGAUCAUACAUGGUUUCGUCGACGGACAAUUCAGAGCCAUUGGCAACGGACAACACGCGACAAUGUUCUUCUUCUUUGGCCUUACUGGACUCAUUGAUAUUCUCAUACACUUCAGAGCCCCGCUUCCACGUAAUAUUGACUACAUCUCCAACGCUAUGGCUUUUGGUGUUGAGGCCCUCCUGUUCAACUUCCAUCUGUACGGGAGAACUCCCUUGGAUGUUCUCGUGCACGUUCUGCUGCUAUAUGUCGUCUUGGCCAGCAUAGUCUGUGUGUUUGCAGAGAUGCGGUACCGGCAUAACCUGCUGGCCCCACUGGGACGCUCAUACCUCAUGAUGAUGCAAGGAACAUGGUUCUGGCAGGUGGGGUUCAUUCUUCACCCUCCGCUCGGUGGGGCCAAGUGGAACGAGAAUGAUCAUGGACAGCUGAUGAUCGCUACUAUGUAUUUUACUUGGCACGGCGGUUUCAAUUUCAUUAUCAUGCUUCUCAUCGGUGCUGUCAUUGCAUGUCGCUAUCGACGUCGUACUGGUCACUAUAGCAACGAGCUAAACAUGAAACGGCUGAUACGUUCAUCAGGCGAACCGAAAAGUGUCAGCCCCAGUUACGAAAGUGGAUCGGAGAUAGAGUUUGAAAAACCGGCCAACGCACCUUGAUCAGUUGUAAAACUCAAGUAUUUUGUGAUAGGUACUUUUCAUGCGCUGAAGUGUUCCUUCGUACCGCGAGCUGUAGCUUGAGAUAUCUAAUUCACGAUGCACAAUAUGUUCCGUUACAGAAUUGAAUAUGAAACAUGCUUACUAGCGCACUUAAAAUAAUGUAUUUGUGUGUUACUGUGCUUUAUGAAAGACAAUAAUGUGACAAUUAGAGAUUGCUUACGGAGUAGUCGUUGAUAGCACUGGCGUUAUAAUCAUGUUUUGUGUAGAAAUAACGAUAUUGUGAUUGAAAAUAAAAUCGAUCUCUUUUGA